GUUAAUUAUAGGAAAAACCUUCCUUCACAAAUUAAGGCAUGGCUUCUGGAGCAGGAAAAUCAGCAGCAUUCAUCCUCCAAGUACUCAACGUCUUCCUCUACUUCCUCGUCCUCUCCAUUGCAUCAUGGGCGGUCAACCAUGGGAUCGAGAGAUCCCAUGAGAUGGCAUCUGUGUUGUCUCCUCCAGCUAGGAUAUUUCCAAUAUACUAUCCAAUUGGGAAUUUGGUUACUGGAUUUGUGGUGAUUUUCUCUCUCAUAGCUGGGGUUGUGGGAUUCACAACCUCCAUUCUUGGAAUCAACAAUGUCUUGAAAUGGAAUGCUCCAAAUCUACAUGCAGCUGCUGCUUCCUCUCUUAUUUCUUUGCUCCUUACUUUGCUAGCAAUGGGGUUUGCAUGCAAAGAGAUUGAUAUAGGCUGGACAGGGUCAAACCUAGUAAGUACAAAACCCAUUUCAUGAUUGAUACCAACAAAUGAAGCAAAUGGCACAGAAUGACUCUCUCUCCUGUAAGUUGUAUCAAACACAAUUGCAUCGCCAAACUGAGCACAUGAAAAUCUAGAUCGUGCAUCAGCCCAGAAAAGGUUCAUGCCUUUACCCGCCCGCAUUUCCACCGCAUAAAAAAACCCUGUUUCUUUAGCUUGCUGAGACUGAAAAUACUCAAACAGCACACCGCACCAAUCAUUAUCAAUCCUACUCUCUCUCUGUCUCGUUUGACUAGGCUGAGGCCACCAUCUGUUUCAACCAAAUCCAAAUUCUCCAACACGCUACUACCUUCCUCUCUGCACCCUUUUGGUGCAACAUCCACUGUUCUAUUAGGAUCCAAUGGGAUGCCAAGUGCAUGGUUGUGUUCCAUCUGAAGACGAUCAACCACCCAACCUCCCGCUUCAUGUCUUUGUAUUCUCAUGUAUGCUCCGCAACCAACUCUAGAAUUGGAACACACAAAUCUUCGAGAUGUAAUCGAGCCAUCAUGUUUAGAGCGGAAUAAUUGACCUAUCCUGAUUCUGAACCCCGUGUUAGUUGCAUAUGCGUAGUAAAAUUUGUAUGCAUCAUUGGCAGAAUUAAACUCAAGACCUGUAGAAGGUUGGGUGAUGGGGUACGUACUAAACAAGCCCAAUAGCAGUGACGGCCCAUCAGCCCAAAGCCCAAGGAAGAGUAUCAGUUCGGCAUUACCAAAGAGUUCGGCCCCAGCCUACAGCU